GUUGAGCAUAAAAAGACACACACACACACGCACAAGGGGGGACAUGAGACAGCAAGGACGUCGCCAUGCAGACGUCACAGCCACUCGUCACUUUGUGGACCGCCGUUUUGACGAUGAUGAUGAGUGAAGUGACAUCGAAACAGAUCUGGUGUUCCAACUCGACGGUGUUACGGACGCGCACGUCAUGUCACUCAUGCAGCCUGACCACCAUCUUGUCGUGUUCUACUGGCUACAAGAGGACACCUGGGUCCACGACACAGGACUGCCAGUAUUACAUCCGUAGCGCGACCUUAAAGCUGUCAAUCACUGGUUGUUCCUUUGAGUGCUACAAGGAAACAGAGCUUAAAAAGUGCUGUCCAGGAUACUGGGGACCUGACUGUACUGAAUGUCCAGAAGAGGCACAACGACCUUGCAGCAACAGAGGAUCUUGUUCUGAUGGACUGGGAGGAAAUGGAACCUGCAGCUGUCAGGUGGGAUUUGCAGGUAUGGCGUGUGAGGACUGUGAAGUGGGUCGAUACGGUCCCACCUGUAGCGCAGUCUGUUCGUGUGUUCACGGCUUGUGUGAUGGCGGCCUCAAAGGUGACGGCACAUGCACCUGUUUCUCCGGUUACACGAGCCCAAAGUGCGAUCAAGAGCUUCCAGCGUGUGCUUCCCUUCAGUGCCCCUCUAAGUCGCGUUGCAUGGAAGAAGCUCUGACGGGUCGCCUGGUCUGUCAGUGUCUCCUCGGAUACCGGAAGUCCGGCGACGAUUGUUUAUCCAUAAACCCAUGUGUGAAGAAAGUGUGUCACGUGCACGCCACCUGUAUCCACUCUGGGCCAAACCAGCACAUUUGUGCUUGUAACCAAGGUUACAGCGGGGACGGGCGGGUCUGCAUGGCUGUCGACCCGUGUCAGACCAAUCAGGGCGGCUGCUCGGCUGUGUCCAACCACUGUGUCUAUGAUGGACCGGGCAAGUCUCACUGCGAGUGUCUUCCCGGCUUUGACAAGUCGGCGGAUGGCGGUUGUCACCUAGCGGAUUCGUGCACGCCCGAUUCAUGCCACAAGAACGCCAACUGCACCACGGUGAAACCAGGACGAGUCCAGUGCACUUGUCUCGAAGGUUACCAUGGCGAUGGCAAAGUUUGCUACGGUAACAUAAUGCAACGUCUCUACGAGCUCAACACGGAACCGGGCGGCCAGUGGAGUGGUCAGCUGACCAACGCCAUCACACUCUUCGGUUCUGUGUCAUGGCCCCUGCAGAACUUGGGUCCUUUCACGCUUUUCGUUCCAAUCAAUAGAGGUUUCAGAGGAAUGUCGCUACGGGCUUUGACUGUCAACUCGUCCAAAGCCAAGUACCUGUGUAAGAUGCACCUGGUUGCCGGGGUGAUGACAUCUGACACGCUUAAAAAGAAUGACGCCUUCUAUACGCUGACGGGGAAGUCGGCGGAAAGUGACACAUCUGACAGGGACUCGCAGACUACGAUCCGAAUCCACGGCAGCAGGAAAAGGGGUGUGGUCAUCCAGUCGGACCUAGUCGCCUCCAAUGGAAUAAUCCACAUCAUCAACAAGCUGAUGGACAGUGUAGCCGCUACAGUGGAGAGCGAUGUUAAGGAGAACUUAAUCAAGAUUGUGUCCGACUACGGCAAGUUUGGGACAUUCAGUUCUUUACUGGAGACCGUCGACCUGGCUUCCAUCUUGGACGCCCCAGGUCAGGUGACGGUCUUUGCCCCUGUCAGCUCGGCCUUUGAAGACAUGUUAGAUGGUCACCUGGAAUACCUGCGCAGCGUUGCGGGCGCUACAAAGCGGUUGGAGCUUCUAAGGAAUCACUUUGUGGCGUCCACGCAGUUGGAUGUCUUCAACGCCGUGUCCGGCCCUCGACUUGUCACGAUGGCCAAUCAGGUGCUGAGCAUCAACGUCACCCAAAACGGUCAGGUGUUGGUGAACACGGCGGCCGUGUUGGAGGCCGAUGUGGAGGCGAAGAAUGGUCGUCUGUACGUGAUUGACACGGUUCUAAUGCCGGCAUCCAUCGAGCCUCUGCUGCCUCAAAGGUGUGACGUCACGGAGACCAAGAUCACCAUGGGCACAUGUGUGAGCUGCUCCAAUGUCAUACUGUCACAGUGCUCGCCAGGCGGCGUCUACACGGGCUCCUCUGUCUUCGGUUGUCUUUACAGUCUCUCCUUUGGUGGCUCGCCGUUGGGUUUCCCGGUGACCGGAUGCUCGCCACGCUGCAAUGUCACUGUCACGACUCCCGUCUGCUGUAAAGGCUUCUUCGGUCCAGACUGCAAGCCGUGUCCCGGAGGACACCACGUGCCAUGUUCAGGACAUGGUCAGUGUUCCGACGGCAUUGAGGGAAACGGCAUAUGCAGCUGUCCGUCAAACCUCAGAGGCUCUCGUUGUCAGUUUUGCGCAUCCUUGAACAAAUUUGGACCCGAUUGUGACUCCACGUGUCCUUGCAUCCACGGGCUGUGCGACAAUCGACCCGACUCCGACGGACGCUGCAAGCCGGACUCGUGCCAUUCGGGUUUCACGGGUCGCUUCUGUGAACGCAGGACGGCGCCGUGUGGAGCUCUGGCCCAGUUCUGCCACGCCCACGCCGACUGCGACUUCAGCCAGGGCACCCCAAUGUGUGUCUGUCGACCUGGAUACCAAGGCGAUGGAAUCACUUGUGUGGAGUCGGAUCCGUGUGCUCCACCACUCCGAGGCGGUUGUAGUGACAAUGCCAGGUGUGUGAAGACGGGCCCGGCCACACGCUCCUGCCAGUGUCUGUCCGGAUGGCAGAAAGAUGAAGACGAAUGUCAGCCAAUCAACAACUGUUUUGCUGAUGACCGCGGUGGCUGCCACCCCAACGCCACCUGCGUCUAUGUGGGACCUGGACAGAACGACUGCACAUGUAAAGGCGGUUACCUAGGAAACGGUCGUGAGUGUGAAAGUGUCAAUCAGUGUGUCAGCCAGAGCGGCGGUUGUCACUUCCUGGCCAGCUGCAAGCUGAGGUCAUCCGAGUGGACAUGCGUGUGUGAUGACGGCUACGCGGGUAACGGUCGCUUGUGUUACGGCAGCAUUCAGCAGGAGCUGACGAUGCUCCCGGAAGCUUCCGACUUCUCCAAGUGGACCAAUGUGAGUGACUUCAAUUUCUCCCGAGCUGAAAAUAGACUCAGCCUGACACGUCUUUCUUUAUGCCAGGAGGCGGGUCUAAGUCGUUCGCUCUCUGAGAACAACAUCACCCUCUUGUUGCCUUCGUCCGAUGCGGUUGCCAAAAUGACUCCAGAGGACAAAAAGUUCUGGAUGGCGAGGGGAAACCUGCCAAGUCUCAUCAGACAUCACAUGAUUGCCGGCGUCCAUCCACUUAACAGCCUCAGCAGCACUUCCUCCAUCACCACGCUUCUCAACACACCACUUCCUGUUUCAACAAGCCAGGAGAUGACGUAUGUGGGCGGAGCUGUCAUCACCACACCUGACCUGGCUGCGACCAAUGGGAUCAUUCACGUGCUUAACAAGGUUCUGCUUCCAGACAGGAAGCUGAGCGAAGGCCUUCUGGCGACGCUACGACAGCGAUUGGAACUUUCGCUCUUCACGUCCUAUCUAAUCGAAUACGAUCUGAUAGACGAGAUAGAGCAGGCCGGCGAGUUCACAAUCUUCGCUCCUACAGACGCCGCCAUCAAAGAGUACCUUGACAAAAUGGCUGCCAUGGCACUGGACAUCAAUAUGACUCGUUACCACUUGGUGGCGUCGGAGCGUCUGCUGAAGACCGACCUGCAGGUUGGCGGGUACAAACAAACCAUGCUUGGAUUCCGCUUCCAACUGGGCUUCUUCCCUCGAGACGGAAAGCUGUUUGUCAACGAAGCUCCCAUCAACACAUCAAACAUCCUGAGCGGGAAUAACGGAGUCGUUCACAUCCUCUCGGCGGUUCUGACAGUCGAGCGGAACCGAUGCGACGAAGCCCGACAGCUCAAAGUGAAGGGUUCCUGUGUGGACUGUCUCUUCCCACGCGGGGACGUUUGUCCGUCUGACAGCACUCCAGACACAAAGUCCAAGAGGAAGAAGUGCAUGUUCACACGCUCCUUCGAGGGCGAGCGACUGUUCACCAUCGGUUGUCGCGCCAUGUGCUUAAAAACACAAAUCGCGCACGCGUGUUGCGGAGGAUUUUACGGCCCGCACUGCGAGCCCUGUCCUGGAGUCAAAGGUCAGCCCUGCUUCGGAAAUGGCGUUUGUUCGGACGGAAUCAACGGAACCGGACUGUGUCACUGCAACGAAGGCUUUUUGGGAACGGCUUGUGAGAUGUGCCAAGGCGGGAAAUACGGCGUCCACUGCGACCAGGUGUGCCGCUGUCAAAAUGGCCACUGUAACGACGGGCCAAAGGGCGAUGGGACGUGUGAGUGCGACCCCGGCUGGCGGGGUGUCCUGUGUGCCGAAGAGAUUUUGUCCACAGAAGAGCUUUGUGGUUCCGUCUUGUGUCACACCAGCGCCAAUUGUGUGGUCCGACCGUCUGGAUCAGAAUGUGUGUGUGCCGCCGGCUUUCAGGGAAAUGGAACUUUCUGUCAAGCAAAAGAUGCGUGUGUGCAAGAUAACGGUGGCUGCAGUUUGUUUGCGGUUUGUAAACGAACUCGACCCGGCCAACGUACGUGUGUGUGUAACCAAGGCUACACUGGCGAUGGACUGGUUUGUAUAGGGAUCAAUCCGUGCCUGGAAGAAAACGGUGGUUGCCAUGCCAACGCUGAUUGUGUGCACACGGGCCCAAACAAAACGUCUUGCCGCUGCAUGGACGGCUACGCAGGAGACGGACGCAGCUGCACGGCGGUCAACUUGUGUCAAAAGAAAAAUGGCGGCUGUCACCAGUACGCCAGCUGUAAAAUGACAGGCCCCGGGGUUCGCGUGUGCACGUGUGCCAAUAACUUCAUCGGCGAUGGUUUGACCUGCAAAGGCACCGUCGGCAAGGAAAUUCUGAGCAGGCGUCUGCGAGAUUUUUACCUGGGCCUGAUGUUGGUAGAAGUAUCGCUAAGAGGUCGCGGCCCGUUCACCGUAUUUGCUCCGAGCACCGCCGCCUACUUAGCGGACAAAAAUGGGCCAGGCAGGAUGAAACGUUUGAUGUUGGACAAACACAAAGAAGAGUUCAGUGCCGUCCUGCGCGGUCACAUCGUCAUGUGUCACACGCUGCUGCCCGCUGACCUGCAGACGCCUCGGAACCUCACCACGUUGUCCGGGCUCGUCCUGGCGACAAGCUCCUCCCAGGGCAGCAUUUUCGUCAACCAGGCCAACGUCACGUACAGCGACGCACUCAGCGUCAACGGAAUCUUCCACGAGAUUGACAGGAUUCUGUUCCCGCCCCACUUGGACGCCAAGAUGGAGUCAGAACCGCCCCUGAACUUGACAAACGUGGCCGAUCGUAACGGUUACGGGACCUUCUCCAAGCUGCUGCAGGACACGGGUGUGAUGGACAUGGUGCAUGAGGGGCGGUACCAGCCAGUGAUGCUGUUCAUGCCCUCAAAUGCUGCCAUGGCAACCUUGCCACAGGAGCAGAAGGACUUCCUGUUUCACCCACACAACCGCAUGCACCUGAAGGAGUACCUCAAGUAUCAUGUUGUCCAGAACCACAAGGUUUACGCUGAAGGCCUGAUCCAUUUGGACUCUCCUCGGACGCUGCAGGGCUCGUCUCUCUCGUUUAAUUGCGGCGGCCCGGACGAAAUUGGACAAAUCUUCGUCAACGACGGAAAGUGCCGGAUCGUCCAAAGACAUCUCGUGUUUAACGGCGGCAUCGCUUACGGGAUCGACUGCCUGCUGACCCCGCCCAGCCUUGGGGGGCGGUGUGAUGAGCAGACGACCUUUGACCUUCAGAUGACUUGUGGACUGUGCAAAACUAAGGCCAAUCAGUGUCCGAGAGGAUCCACGCAGAAGAUGGUGGAGAAGUGCGACCUGCCCACCGUGCUUUUCAGCAGGAACUCGGGCUGCCGCAGCGUGUGCACGGUCAACUUGUGGAAGCCAAAGUGUUGCCGUGGUUACUACGGGCGAGACUGUCAAGCGUGCCCGGGCGGUGUCGGUUCCCCUUGCAGUAACCGUGGUGACUGUGAUGACGGCCAUCUUGGCAACGGCACUUGUACUUGCGUGACGGGCUUCAGGGGCGUGGCUUGCGAGCUUUGUGCCGAGGGGUUUCACGGCGCCAAUUGUAGAGCCUGCAACUGCUUAGAACACGGAACGUGUGACGACGGACGAAGAGGGACCGGUUCUUGUUUUUGUGAGGCGGGCUGGACCGGCGAGCGCUGCGAGACACCACAAGCUGAGGUCUUCCAGUGUUCUCCGUCUUGUUCCGUCAAGGCCGUCUGCCAGGAGAACAACACAUGCGUGUGUCGCCCAUUUUAUGAGGGAGACGGAUACACCUGCACAGUGGUGGACAUGUGCUACGUGUGGAAUGGCGGCUGUGCGAAGGAGGCCAAGUGUUCUCAGCGAGGCGAGCUGGUGACCUGCACGUGUUCUAAAACUCACUCUGGGGACGGCUUUUCCUGUCAACCUAUUGACCCCUGCGUUGCCGGGGACAACGGCGGCUGCCAUGAACACGCCACAUGCGUCAUGACGUCGCCGGCUAAGAGGAAGUGCACCUGCAAAGACGGCUACAUCGGAGACGGCGUCACCUGUGAGGUCAAACAGCUUCCGAUCAGCCGCUGUCUUCAAGAAAACGGACAAUGUCAUCAAGACGCGCUGUGCACCGACCUGCAUUUUGAAGACGCGACACUCGGCGUGUUCCACCUGCGUUCAGAAGACGGUCAAUACAAGCUGAACUACACAUCAGCUCAGUCAGUGUGCGCUGCCACGGGAGGAGUCUUGGCUUCUUACACGCAGCUGUCCUACGCUCAGCAGGGCGGCUUGAACAUGUGUGCCGCCGGCUGGUUGGACCAGGCGCAGGUGGCGUACCCAACUACGUACGCCAACCCCAACUGUGGCUUUGGACACAUCGGCAUCGUGGACUACGGCAUCCGCAAAAACCUGAGCGAGACAUGGGAUGCCUUCUGCUUCCGGAUGAAGGACGUGAACUGCGAGUGCAAGUCCGGUUACGUUGGGGAUGGCUUCAGCUGCACAGGAAACCUGCUGCAGGUCCUCAUGACCACGCCUUCCUUGUCCAACUUCCUCACUCAAGUCCUCAACGUGUCUCAGGCGUCGGAAGCCGGGAAACAAUUUGUCAAGCGUCUUCAGAACCCGGCUGUCCAGUCCACGCUCUUUGUUCCCAACAAUGAUGGCCUGAUGGACAACCAGACGUUGUCCCAGCGCGACUUGGAGUUCCACCUGUCGGAGGGUCAGGCUCUGGCGCUUGCUCAGCUUACCAACGGAACUCAGCUGAAGACUCGUGUCGGCACGCUGAAGGUUUUUGGACUGUCUGACAUUUUUGAUCCUUCAGCUCUGUCAUCUCGUUACGUCAACGACCGAUUUGUUUGCGCCGCCGACAUUGUCGCCGCAAACGGCAUCAUACACAUUCUGCAGGAACCUCUUCUGGCCCCGCCACCUCACCGAGCAAUUGGUGCGGCGCACAAGGCUGGGGUGGGAUUUGGAGCCGUGCUGCUCGUCAUUCUGGUGUUGGGUGUCGCUUUCGUGGGCUUUCAUUUCUACAGACGCUCCGAUAAAUUGUUCCAGUUCCGUUACUUCAAGGAGAACGAGGAAGAAGAGGAAGAGGAAGAACCUGCCACUCGCAGUAUCUCCAACCCAGUUUAUGAAGACGCUCCAGAAGUUGCCCUGCACGACGUCGCAGAGGCCCGGGCGCCUGCCGAGUGCAAACACGUAGAAGACCUGCUGCAGGUUAGCUGAGGUGGGAAGUUGAAAUGUUUCAAGAUGUCAAACUGAACUUUGUGAAAGAAAAACAUUGCUCUGCAUGAUUUUCUUUUAAAUCAGCGUCAAACUA